GUGCAAAGUCUCUCCGCACUGCUUCCAACAUGUUUGUGGUGAACCUAGCCUUCUGCGACUUCAUCAUGAUGCUGAAGUCCCCCAUCGUGAUCUACAACUCGUUCUACCACGGUUUCGCCACGGGGUACAGCGGAUGUAGGAUAUUCGGUGUGAUGGGGACGCUUUCUGGGAUCGGAGCUGGCGCCACGAAUGCCUGCAUAGCCUACGACAGGUACACGACAAUAACGAGGCCCUUCGACGGGAAGAUCACCAGGACCAAGGCCAUGGUGAUGAUCGCCUUCGUAUGGAUCUACACCACGCCGUGGAUGGUGUUGCCGGCGUUCGAGAUUUGGGGCCGAUAUGUGCCAGAGGGAUUUCUAACGACUUGCACGUUUGACUACUUGACGAGAACAUUCGACAUCCGACUAUUUGUUGCGUCGAUAUUCACUUUUUCGUACGUCCUACCCAUGAGCAUGAUCAUAUACUUCUACAGUCAAAUCGUCAGCAAGGUUUUCAGCCACGAAAAAGCACUUAGAGAACAGGCUAAAAAAAUGAAUGUGGAGUCUUUGAGGGCCAACCAACAACAACAAAACGAAUCGGCGGAAUUGAGAAUAGCCAAAGCCGCACUGACAGUUUGCUUCAUGUUUGUUGCUUCUUGGACGCCUUACGCCGUUUUGGCGCUCAUUGGAGCUUUCGGAGACCAGUCUCUUUUGACGCCGACCGUCUCUAUGAUCCCCGCUUGCACUUGCAAACUCGUGGCAUGUAUAGAUCCGUUCAUCUACGCCAUCAGCCACCCGCGUUAUAGGGUUGAGUUGCAAAAACGACUACCCUGGUUGGCCAUCAAAGAAAACGAUACACAAUCCACUGCGACGGAAACAGCGUCUUCGUCAACGCCUGCUACAGCAACAACAUAAGCCCAUCCGCUGAAAAUGUAGGAAAUGAUAUUCAAUACCUUGAAAAAACAAUUUUCCAGCACUCCCGAAAAAAAACAUUGAAAAAUAAAAUAAUAUAUUGUAACGGCAGGGCUCAAUAUUUUUGUCAUUGUAAUCAGUUGAAAGGAAGUAAUAACAGAUCAUAUUGAAACUGUUUUCAUAAAAUACAGUUUUCCAAGUAUUGUAUAAUUUAUUCAAAACUGAUUCGCUAUAAACGACCUGGCAAUGUUUAAGGACAAUGAUAAUGGAUCAAACACCUAUCAUUCGAAUAGAAUUAUUUCAGAUAGAUCACAACGCAAAAUAAAAUUUGAAUUUCGAGC